AUGUUGAAAAGCUGUGGAAGCACCUCACUGGGCAUCGCUGUGGGUGUUUUCCUUCUUGCACUCUUGGUGGUCUGUGGAUUUGGAUGUGUUUGGCACUGGAAACAUCGUGACACCACAAGAUUCACCUUGCCCAAGUUUUUGCAAAGGAGAAGCAGCAGAAGAAAAGACUACACAAAAACCCUCUGCUUGAGUUCUUAUGUUACUAGCUCAAGUCCUAAGACCUCAGUGGAAACCAAAGGCCACAAGUCUACAGCCGAGGGAACUCAGAUGCACGACAACUAUGAAAAUGUGGAAGCAGGGCCUCCCAGAGUCCAUGGUCCAGCUGACAAUGCACUGUAUGGAAACACUCAGCUGUAUGAAAACACUCAGCUGUCUAAUCUGGAGGAGUGUGUCUACAGAAAUCAAGGAUCCUCUCUCUACUACAAUGUCCAGAAUCCCAACUCCUCCGCAGCUACUCAAGAUGAAGAUAUAUAUAUUCUUCCAGAUUCCUAUUAG